CCGUGUUCAAUUCUUCACUAUAAAAACCAUCUUGCCACAACUAGAGGCUUCGAUGUUUGCAAGCCAUUAUGUUCAUCAUCACAGUCGAAAUCAAUAGCCGUCACUGAGGAUAAGUCACUCAAUAGACGAUCAGCUAACUAUGCGCCACCACUAUGGUCAUUUGAUCAUGUUCAAUCACUCUCUAGUAAAUACACCGAAGAAGAUUACGAGGCAAGAGCAUCUAGUUUGAAGAAAGCUGUAAAGACGAUGAUACAGAAAGUAACGGGCAAUCCAUUGAACAGCCUUGCGCUGGUUGACAAUUUGCAGAGACUCGGAAUAUCGUAUCAUUUUGAGGAAGAAAUAAAUCAAGUCUUGGAGCUGAUUUACGAUGAUCACUUCAAAACUCAGGAGCAAUGGAAUGGAAUGGAUAUGAACCUUAGGGCCCUUGGCUUUCGACUACUCAGACAACAUGGUUAUCAUGUUCCUCAAGAGAUUUUUCACGACUUUAAGCACAAGACUGAACAUGUUAAAGGGGAUAUUGAUGUGGUGGAAAUGUUGAACCUGUAUGAGGCUUCUUAUCAUUCAUUCGAGGAUGAAAGCAUCUUGGAUGAUGUUAGAGACUUCACCACCGAAUAUCUAAAACAAAUUCGAGAUACGAUUGAUGGAAGUAGUAGUUUAUGGUCAUUAGUAAGUCAUGCUUUGGAGUUUCCACUGCAUUGGAGAGUACCAAGAGUAGAGGCCAAGUGGUUUAUAGAAGAAUGCAAGAAAACAAGUGGUAUGAUUGAUCUCACAUUGAUGGAGCUUGCAAUAUUGGAUUUUAACAUGGUCCAGGCUAUCCACCUUCAAGAUCUAAAAUACUCAUCAAGGUGGUGGAGAAAUACAUGUUGGAAUAAGAAGUUAAGCUUUUGUCGAGACCAGUUGGUGGAGAAUUUUCUGUGGACAGUUGGUGUUAAUUACCUACCUAAGUUUAGGCUUGGAAGGAAAACGCUAACAAAGGUUAACACCAUGAUUACUACUAUCGAUGAUGUCUAUGAUGUUUAUGGUACUUUGGACGAACUUCAAAAAUUUACCGAUGUUACCACCAGAUGGGAUAUCAAUGCGAUUGAAGAACUCCCGAAUUAUAUGAAGAUAUGUUUCCUUGGAUUCUACAACACCAUAAAUGAGAUCACAUAUGACAAUUUGACAAACACAAGAUUACUCAUCCUUCCAUACCUAAAGAAAGCAUGGGCAGACUUAUGCAAGUCAUUCCUAGUAGAAGCAAAGUGGUACCAAAGUGGACAUACACCAACAUUCCAAGAGUACUUAGACAAUGCUUGUAUAUCGGUAUCUGGUCCUACAAUACUCAUGCAUUGUAAUUUUUUAACAUCUAUGACUUCAACGCAAGAGAUCUUGCAAUGCAUGGAAAGAACUGACAACAUUGUUCGCUACUCAUCACUAAUUUGUCGACUUGUGAACGACUUGGCGACAUUCUCGGACGAAAUGGCAAGAGGGGAUAAUCCAAAAGCAAUUAAUUGUUACAUGAAUGAGACUGGUGCUACCGAAGCCGAAGCUAGAAGUUAUAUGAAAUUGUUAAUCAGCAAGACAUGGAAGAAACUUAACAAAGAAGUAACAGGUGUUGCAGGUUCUCAAUUUUUACAGGAGUUCGUUGACUGUGCAACAAACUUAGCUAGGAUGGCACAGUUCAUGUAUGGUGAAGGAGACGGGUUUGGUCGUCCAGAACUAGUGACUAAAUCUUAUAUAUUAUCGUUGUUGAUUAAUCCAAUCCAAGGUCUACAUUAACUAAUAGCCAAGACUGUUUAUCUUUCAUUAAUUAGAGAUCAUCAAGGGAAUUGAUCAUUUCCAAAAUUAAGUGAUAUCUUGUUGCUUAAUUAAUGUUGGGUUUGUCGGUUAAGUUGGAUUAUUCUUGAAAGUAAUAUUAAUUGGUGUUUGCCGUUUGUUCAAUU